AUGCCGAAAGGUAAGAAGAAUCGGCCGGUGGGGCAGAAGGAGAUCGAAGCCCUCAAGUCGCCCACAACCCCCGAUUGUUCCCGUUUCCUACGUCUCUGGGUGCGUCUGACGGAAGGUCAGCGCCACAGUGCACGUAGCCUCUACAGUGGUCUCUGCGAUGUUUCUAUCGACUACAUAGAGCCCAUAGUUGGAGCGUAUAGAAAUGAUUAUGUCGUGCGCAAAUUGUUGAGCUGUAUUGACGAUGAGUCGGCUCUUCAGUACGAAGAGCUAUUUUUCCGUGGGCUACAUGAAGGGCUCCUAUUGCACAUCAUGCACCAGUGUAUCCCUGUCUUCGAGGGCGAUUCUCUCGCUAUAUUGAAGCGUGACCUACAGCCUGGCGGGGAAAAGUUUGUUGCACCAUUGUGUAAGAAGUUCGUGAAGAAUUAUGAGAGACUGAUUGAGCGCGGCGGAAGUCCCUCCAAUGAUUAUGUGAUCUCUGUCUUCCUUGGCGAACUACCCCCGCACGUGCGUUCCCGUAUGCGCAAGUACCAGACCUCUAAAGGGAGUCGGCGAUCAUUGAUGGACGUCAUGAAUGAUGCGAAGACAGCGGAGAGAGAUCUACGGAAGCGGGCCACUGAGUUCAAGGAUACCGUAGCGGUAACUACUGAUCGUCCGGAAUAUAAACAUAAGCCGUUCUCCCAACGGCAUCUACCACCCAAGCCGGGUCAGGCCGAGAACCGUGUCGCAUGCGUAGAAGGGUCAUCGAGUGCGGUAGAGUCUCCGUCCGAUCAUGAGACUGUUGGUCUUUGUCGUGCCUCAUCGAUAGAUGACGAUGGCGAUGAUUAUGUGGAAGAUGGCGAGGAUCCGUUCGAUAUAUUCUGCUCCCUCGGAACCGGUGCCCUGAUCGCAACUACUUGUGGUCAUGUGUCCGCCAAUUCGGAUGACACAGGUAUGCCUGCCCGUGAUUAUGAAGGGAUCCGGAGCGAUAUCGAAUCCCCUAGCGGGCAACCCUAUAAUCUGACGCGUUCGGUCAGUAUCAAGUGCGGUGACGAGCUCCUGGUUAGUCCACCAGAUGCUGGUAACCCGGUGACUUUGAUAAGACCCGAUGUGGCUACCAAGUUAAUUAAGGAGGGAUGUGCUCGUGGUCCUUAUUCCUUGAGGGGUACUGGCUUCAAACUCACUGGAGUUACUGGAGGUGAGGCGAUUACCGCGAAGACUUUCGUCGUCAUGAAG